AUGAAGCGCAAGAGAGUCGAGUUCUCUUCACCAACUGCUAUCACCAUCACAUCGUCACCACCAGACGCCACUCUCUCCCAGCUCUCAGCCAGUCUUAGAGCUAAGCUUGGGAUUAACGCGUCUAUGCACAGACCAACAACAAACACGAGUCAGGGGAGCGAUACCCCUAAGGACACUCUUAGCGAGAUUACCAACCUCAACGACAGUUUUACAUACGUGGGGAACACCCUCAUUAAAUCCCUACAGCAGUCCCUGCGACAGAUACGAAAAGAGGGCAGACACGAUCAAGCAGUCACCUACUACGCCAACCUACUCAUCAGCGCGCUCAGUAAUGGAACCCCCUACCAGCGACACACCCCGCAACAACAACAGCAAGCCCAGACAAGCAACAAGAUCAAGGGCUGGUCUUGCCCCCAGGAGGGGACUCCAGCUCAAGGACCAACAAAGGGACAAGGCACUCAGAGACCUACAGGAGGCAAGGAGAACGUACGAAUCCGAUCUUAA